AUGAGGAGUCUUCGAGAUGAAGAGGAAUUUGAAGAGAACCUCAGUUCAGAUGUUAGUUCUCAGUGAGAGAGAAUCAGUUUUGGAGAUGCUAGGAUAUUGCCGCGUCAGAAACUAUUGCCUUUUGAGUCUCCAAGAUACUCUGAAAAUGAAUCUCAGGUAGAGGCUCAGAAUGAGGAUGAUGGUUUGGACAAAUGGCCUCCAGACUUUGAAAUUGCUGAGGAUCAUAAGAUAAUGAACCUUGCUGUUACUCAUGAUGUUGAAGAAAUCCAAAACGAUCCUGAAGUUAGCAAUGAUAAAAUCUACUGUAAAUGAUGUGGGAGGAUUCAAAAGAAGUAUGUUAGCAUGCUUCCUUUGAAUUGUGAUAUUCUGGAUCUUGACUUUUUAGGAAUAGGGUUUCCUUUAUAUUACCACUUGAAAUUGUUCACUAUCAGCUGCUUCGCUUUUAUUUCUAUUUUUGCAGGGCUACCUUGCUUUAUUAUCAAUCUAAAUCAAGACGGAAGGAGAGAGUGGGAUCCAAACUCAUCUUAUAUUGUUUCAACUUCAAUUGGAAACUUUGGAAACGAACCUGAUAGCUACUCAAAAAGUAUAAUUAUUUUACAAAUCUGUUUGAAUAUAGUUUGAAUCAUGUUUAUUUUUAUUAGCAGUAUCUUUAUGAGAGAUUACCAGAACUGGAUGAUAAGAGAAUUCGAUGAGAAGAAUAUUACUCCUUCCGACUUUGGAAUUAUGAUUAGCAAUAUUCCUAAAAACAAAAAGGAGCAUCAAGUUAGACAGUGGAUUAAAGAUCAUUUUGAACAUGAUGCUGAGAUUAUCACUGUGAAUUAUUGAUAUCUCUAAAAUUAUUAAUAAUA